AUGCGCGACCCGACCAAAACCCCCGUCCCCGUUACCAUCGUCUCGGACCCGGAAAAGUCGCCCGUUGAACACUCCGUCUCGGCCCUCUCUCCGGCCGACCUACCGCCGCCGCCACUACGAACCUCCGACGACGCCGAGGACGAGACGCUGCAGCGGAUCCCGUGGUCGUACAAGUGGAUCGCGCUGCUCUGCGUCGUCUCGCUGCCCAUCGGGCACACGUGGACGGGCUCGGCGCUGGGCCCGCUCAAGAACACACUGCGCGAGCAGCUGGGGGUCAGCAACGCGCAGUUCGGCGUGAUCAGCAGCGCCGACGCCUUCGUCAACACCGUGUUCCCCAUCGUCGGCGGGCUCGCGCUCGACUGGUGGGGGCCGAACCCCGUGACGCUGUGCUGCACGGCCGCCAUCCUCGUCGGCUCCGUCGUCGCGGCGGCGGGGGUACAGGUCGGGCUGUGGAGGGUGCUGGUGGGCGGCCACGUGCUGAUGGGGUUCGGUAUCGCGGUGCUCGAUUCCGCAACGCAGAAGUUCUUCUAUCACUGGUUCGGCGCGUCCGGCCUCGCCUUCGCCUUCGGCCUCGAGAGCGCCAUCGCCAACACGGUCAGCCUCGUGUCGGGCAUGGUGGCGAUCCCGAUCCGCGACGGCACGGGGUGGUACGGCUGGACGUUCUGGAUCCCCGUCUUCUUCUGCGGCUUCUCGCUGGCGGUCAACGCCGCGUACGUCGUGUUCGAGCGGGUCGCGGUGCCGGCGCGGUUCCGGUUGACCUCGGGCCGGGCCCGGGCCAUCGCCGAGUCGCGGGGCCUCUCGGAGCGGCGGCGGUUCUCGUGGGACGCGCUGCUCGCGCUGCCGUGGGCGUACCUCAUGCUGCCGGCGACGCAGCUGCUGCAGAGCGGCGCGGCGGGCGGGUUUAGCACGAGCUCGGCCGACAUGAUCCGCAUGAAGGGGUUCGCCGAGGACGUGGCCGGCUACAUGGCGACGGCGCAGAAGAUCCUGCCCAUCGUGCUGAGCCCCGCCGUCGGGCUGGCCAUCGACAAGUACGGCCACCGGUUCCACUACGUCGCGGCGGCGCCGGUGCUCUGGGUCGUCGCGUGCUCGAUGCUGGGCUUCACCGACGCGCACCCGCUCGCGGCCCUCGUCUUCUCCAGCCUGGCGGGCGUCAUCAACUCGAUGCCGCUGCAGAUCUGCAUCCCGCUGCUGGUGGCGGACCAGGCCAAGAUCGGGACGGCGUUCGGCGUGUGGCGCGCCUUUAACAACUCGGGCUCGACCAUUAUGGAUGUCGUCUUCGGCGUGCUCCAGGAUGACACCGAGGGCCAGGGGUACUCCCGGGUGCUGAUCGUCGCCAUCGCCAUCAAGGCGUGGGCGUUUGUCCUGGGCCUGUCGUACAUCUUUGUCGACUACCGCUUCCUCGGCAAGGGGAUGACCAUGACGAGGAGCCAGAGGCAGGCCAGGGAGGCGCAGAUCGUGGACCGACAGGCGGACCCGCUGACGCGGAGGACGUCCAAGACGUGGUUCACGGUGCUGACGUUCGGUCUGCUGGUGGCCAUCGUUGCCAGCGCAUGGGCAGUCUUUGUGAGAUAUCUGAUCUGA